GACGCCGGCGGCCCGGAGGCCUGGAUCGAAGCUGGUGCUGCUGCCGCCGCCCUGCAGCUCACUCGCUGCCUCGGCAGCGCGCUCCUCUUCUAAAAUGGCUGCCGCCACCGGUGCCGUGGCAGCGUCGCCUGCCUCGGGUCAGGCUGAAGGCAAAAAGAUCACCGAUCUGCGGGUCAUCGAUCUUAAGUCCGAGCUGAAGCGGCGGAACUUAGACAUCACCGGAGUCAAGACUGUGCUCGUCUCCCGACUAAAGCAGGCUAUUGAAGAGGAAGGAGGCGAUCCCGAUAAUAUUGAAUUAACUGUUUCAACUGAUACUGCAAACAAGAAACCAACCAAAGGCAAAGGUAAAAAACAGGAAGCAGAUGAGUUGAGUGGAGAUGCUUCUGUGGAAGAUGAUGCUUUUGUCAAGGACUGUGAAUUGGAGAAUCAAGAGGCACAUGAACAAGAUGGAAGUGACGAACUAAAGGACUCUGAAGAGUUUGGUGAAAAUGAAGAGGAAACUGUGCAUUUGAAGGAGUUACUUUCCGAAGAAGAAAACAACAGAGCUCAUGAAUUAAUAGAGGCAGAAGGAAUAGAAGAUAUAGAGAAAGAGGACAUCGAAAGUCAGGAAAUUGAAGCUCAAGAAGGUGAAGAUGAUACCUUUCUAACAGCCCAAGAUGGGGAGGAAGAAGAAAAUGAGAAAGAUAUAGCAGGUUCUGGUGAUGGUACACAAGAAGUAUCUAAACCUCUUCCUUCAGAAGGGAGCCUAGCUGAGGCUGAUCACACAGCUCAUGAAGAGAUGGAAGCUAAUGCGACUGUGAAAGAAGCUGAGGAUGACAACAUCUCGGUCACAAUCCAGGCUGAAGAUGCCAUCACUCUGGAUUUUGAUGGUGAUGACCUCCUAGAAACAGGUAAAAAUGUGAAAAUUACAGAUUCUGAAGCAAGUAAGCCAAAAGAUGAGCAGGACGCCAUUGCACAGAGCCCGGAGAAGGAAGGCAAGGGUUAUGAGAUGAACGCGAACCGAAAAGAUGGUAAGAAGGAAGACGGCGUGAAGGGUGAUCCUGUCGAGAAGGAAGCCAGAGAAGGUUCUAAGAAAGCAGAAUCUGGAGACAAAGAAAAGGAUACUUUGAAGAAAGGGCCCUCGUCUACUGGGGCCUCUGGUCAAGCAAAGAGCUCUUCAAAGGAAUCUAAAGAUAGCAAGACAUCAUCCAAAGAUGACAAAGGAAGUACAAGUAGUACUGGCGGCAGCAGUGGAAGCUCAACUAAAAAUAUCUGGGUUAGUGGACUUUCUUCUAACACUAAAGCUGCUGAUUUGAAGAACCUCUUUGGCAAAUACGGAAAGGUUCUGAGUGCGAAGGUAGUUACAAAUGCUCGGAGUCCUGGGGCCAAGUGCUAUGGCAUAGUAACUAUGUCUUCAAGCACAGAGGUGUCCAGAUGUAUCGCACAUCUUCAUCGCACUGAGCUGCAUGGACAACUGAUUUCUGUUGAAAAAGUUAAAGGCGAUCCGUCUAAGAAAGAAUUAAAGAAAGAAAAUGAUGAAAAGAGUAGUUCAAGAAGUUCUGGGGACAAAAAAAAUAUGAGUGAUAGAAGUAGCAAGACACAAGCCUCUGUCAAAAAAGAAGAGAAAAGGUCGUCUGAGAAAUCUGAAAAAAAAGAAAGCAAGGAUGCUAAGAAAAUAGAAGGUAAAGAUGAGAAGACUGAUAACGGAUCAAGUUGCCAGACUCCAGAAUUGAUUAAAAAAAGUGAAGACAAGAAGCGAAUAAGUUCAAAGAGCCCUGGACAUAUGGUAAUACUAGAUCAAACUAAAGGAGAUCAUUGUAGGCCAUCAAGAAAAGGAAGAUAUGAGAAAAUUCAUGGAAGAAGCAAGGACAAGGAGAGAGCUAGCCUUGAUAAGAAAAGGGACAAAGACUACAGAAGGAAGGACAUCUUGCCCUUUGAAAAGAUGAAGGAACAAAGGCUGAGAGAACAUUUAGUUCGUUUUGAAAGAUUGCGACAAGCAAUGGAACUUCGAAGACGAAGAGAGAUUGCAGAAAGAGAGCGUCGAGAGCGCGAACGCAUUAGAAUAAUUCGUGAACGGGAAGAACGGGAACGCUUACAGAGAGAGAGAGAGCGCCUAGAAAUUGAAAGGCAGAAACUAGAGAGAGAGAGAAUGGAACGCGAACGCUUGGAAAGGGAACGCAUUCGUAUUGAACAGGAACGACGUAAGGAAGCUGAACGUAUUGCUAGAGAACGAGAGGAACUGAGGAGGCAACAGCAGCAGCUGCGUUAUGAACAAGAAAAACGGAAUUCCUUGAAACGCCCACGUGAUGUAGAUCAUAGGCGAGAUGAUCCUUACUGGAGCGAGAAUAAAAAGUUGUCUCUAGAUACAGAUGCACGGUUCGGCCAUGGAUCUGACUACUCUCGCCAACAGAACAGAUUUAAUGACUUCGAUCACCGAGAGAGGGGCAGGUUUCCUGAGGGGUCAUCAGUACAGUCUUCAUCUUUUGAAAGGCGAGAACGCUUUGUUGGUCAAAGUGAAGGGAAAAAAUCACGUCCCGCGGCACGAAGAGAAGAUCCAGGUUUUGAAAGGUAUCCCAAAAGUUUUAGUGACUCUAGAAGAAAUGAGCCGCCGCCACCCAGAAAUGAACUGAGAGAGACAGACCGGCGUGAAGUGCGCGGGGAGCGGGAGGAGAGGCGGAGCGUGAUCCUGCACGACAGAGUGGAAAGGCCGGAGCGGUCCGGGAGAGAAGUGUCGGGACACGGCGUGAGAGGGGCGCCCCCCGGGAGUCGCAGUGGCGCGUCGGGCUACGGCAGCAGAGAGGGCGACAGGGUCAUCGCGGACCGCGGCGGCGCCCAGCACUAUCCUGAAGAUCGACAUGUAGUUGAACGCCAUGGACGGGACACAAGUGGACCAAGAAAGGAGUGGCAUGGUCCGCCCUCUCAGGGGCCUGGCUAUCACGAUGCGAGGCGAAUGGGUGAUGGCCGGACAGGGGCAGGCAUGAUUACCCAACAUACAAGUAAUGCCUCCCCAAUUAAUAGAAUUGUACAGAUCGGUGGCAGCUCCAUGCCAAGAGGAAGUGGCUCUGGAUUUAAGCCAUUUAAAGGUGGACCUCCACGACGAUUCUGAAAAUUAGCUCCCACCAUGGUUUCAAAAUAAUUUAUUGAAAUCUCCAGUAAACUUUAUUUUACUCCUUACGAAGAGGACCUCUGCCUUGCUUGAGAGUUCUAUCAGACUUUUCUUUUUUUCUCCUUUUUUAAAAUUUAACAUGAUUGCUUUUCUCAAUUUUGGAGAAGAUGUUUAAAUAGUUUUGUUGUAACUUUUAAUAGUUUCGUGUAUCAUUCAACUUUUUUCUUGCAGCACGGAUACACAUUAGAAAAGAUUGGAAUCAAAACCGUUUCGUUUAGCGCCGUGUGAAUAUAAAGGGUAGUUUGCAGCUGUGUGGUGGUAGUUCAUUUGCAGCACUAGCUCUGGUUUCAGCCGGAGAGUUACCUGUCACCAAGCAUUUUCAGCCUCCGUUUUGAAGGCUGUCUAAGCUUAAAGAGUUUGCUGUCUAAUUUUUAGAGAAUAAGAUUGUUCCUUGCAUUUCUGAGUAUUAUGCAACCUAUUUUUGCAGAAGGUACUGUUACAUUAAGUGCAUCUGUGUAUCCUGGUUUUAAAGAAUGUACUCUUUUUGAAAUAAACCUUCAUAUUCUGUAUAGUUGCUAAAGCGUCGAGAACCUUUUUAAUUGUAAAUGAGAACCGAUUUUCAGUUUGUAUAGCAGCAUACUUGUUCAGGUUUGCAUGGUAUGAGACCAAAUAGGUGGGUGAAACCUCGGCUGUGAGGUUUGUGUCACUGAGGCUCUUACAAUGAGUUGUGCAGGUAAGUGCACUUUUAGGUAAUCUGUACUGUUUGGUGGAUAAAUUCCAACUCGGAAUUAUGUGGGUAUUAAUGUUUCCAUGUUCCCAACUAUGUUGAGAAGUGGAAAAAACCCAGGUUCUAGAUGGGUGAGUCAGUUGGGGUUUGUAAAUACUUGUAUGUGGGAAGGCAUUGUUGUCUCUGUGAAAAUAAAAGUCCACACCUGGCA